UUGUGGAAGACUUCAUUGAGCUCAUUGCACACGAACCUUGUGAUAUGAACUCACUUGGAUAAAAUCGUCUUUAAACAAGAAGAAAUGAGCAAGUGAAGCCUUUUCCAAAAAUGCCAUGGGCCAGAGAAACUGCUCAAUUGUUUUCUAGGGUUUUAGAAGCAGGGAGGGAGAUGACUGGAAAAUUUCCAGGGUUUUGGAAACAAAGAGAAGAAGAAAGCGGCUUUUCCAUUUAGGGUUUUGGAAUUAGUGAAUAAUAGCAAGAAAGGAGAGAGAAACCAAGGUUUUGACGUUGAGAGAGAAAAAGAAAUUGGAAAGUUUUCAGUGUUUUAGAGGUUGAGAAGUAAUCGGCUUUUCUCUUCAUAGGGCUUUGGAAUUAGGUGAAGGAUAGGAAGAAGAGAGAGAAAAUGAGGAAGAAGGUUGAUGAACGGAUAAGAACUCUCAUAGAGAAUGGCGUCAAGUCCAGGCAUCGAUCCAUGUGUGUUAUUGUUGGAGAUAAAUCUAGAGACCAGAUUGUCAAUCUUUAUCAUAUUCUUGCAAAAUCAGUAGUCAAGUCUCGCCCUAAAGUCCUCUGGUGCUAUAAGAAAGAGCUGUUCCUUAGCAGUCAUAAGAAAAAACGGAUGAAACAAUUGAAGAAGAUGAUGCAAAGGGGACUAUUGGAUCCAGAGAAAGAUGACCCAUUUUCCCUUUUUGUCACAAGUACCGAGAUACGGUAUUGCUACUACUCAGAGACUGAAAAUAUACUAGGGAACACCUUUGGGAUGUGCAUUCUCCAGGAUUUUGAAGCAUUGACUCCAAAUCUCCUUGCGAGAACCAUUGAAACAGUUGAAGGAGGUGGCUUGAUUGUGUUAUUGCUCAGUUCUCUUAAAUCACUCAGCAGUCUCUACACCAUGGUUAUGGAUGUUCAUGAGAGAUUUCGUACUGAAUCUCAUUCAGAAGCAACGGCACGCUUCAAUGAGCGCUUCUUAUUAUCUCUUGCCUCAUGCAAAGCAUGUGUGGUUAUGGAUGAUGAGUUGAAUAUUUUACCGGUCUCAUCACACAUAAGGUCAAUAAAUCCAGUGUCAGUAAAAGAGGGUUCUGAGGGUCUCUCAGAAGGAGAUUUGGACCUGAAAAACCUUAAGGAGCAGCUUCAUGAUGAUUUUCCUGUUGGUCCAUUAGUUGGAAAGUGUCGUACUCUGGAUCAGGGAAAAGCUGUGAUAACAUUUCUUGACGCAAUAUUAGAGAAGACCCUUCGGAGCACGGUUGCUUUAACAGCUGCUCGUGGGCGUGGGAAAUCUGCUGCUUUGGGUCUUGCAAUUGCAGGAGCAAUUGCUGCUGGGUAUUCUAAUAUCUUUGUGACUGCACCAAGUCCAGAGAACUUGAAGACUCUUUUUCAAUUUGUGUGCAAUGGUUUUGAUGCAUUAGACUACAAGGAACAUUUACAUUAUGACUUGGUUCAAAGUACAAACCCUGACUUCAAGAAAGCAAUUGUGCGAGUAAACAUUUACAAGCAACAUAGACAAACAAUUCAGUAUAUUCAGCCACAAGAUCAUGAAAAGCUUUCUCAAGUGGAGCUUUUGGUUAUUGAUGAAGCUGCAGCCAUCCCAUUACCGGUUGUGAAGUCGUUACUUGGUCCUUAUCUGGUUUUUCUUUCUUCUACUGUAAAUGGUUAUGAAGGUACUGGCCGUUCCCUUUCAUUAAAGCUCUUCCAACAAUUGCAAGAACAGAGCCAGUCAGCAGUGAACAAUGAAAGUGGGUCUGUCUCUGGUAGAGCUUUCAGGAAGAUAGAAUUGAGCGAGUCAAUCAGGUAUUCUUCUGGGGAUCCAAUAGAGGCUUGGCUCCAUGGUUUGCUUUGCUUGGACGCAACAAAUUUCAUCCCCAAUAUCACUGGCAGAUUACCACACCCGAAUGAGUGCGAGUUGUAUUAUGUCAACCGGGACACACUGUUUUCUUAUCACAAAGAUAGUGAGACAUUUUUGCAGAGGAUGAUGGCUCUUUAUGUGGCUUCCCACUACAAGAAUUCUCCAAAUGACUUACAACUAAUGGCUGACGCUCCAGCACAUCACCUUUUUGUGUUGCUUGGUCCUGUUGAUGAAUCCAAAAAUGUCUUGCCUGAUAUCUUGUGUGUCAUUCAGGUAAGCCUUGAAGGUCAGAUUUCUCGAGCAUCCGUGAUGAAAAGUUUAAGCGAAGGCUACCAACCUUCCGGAGACCAAAUACCAUGGAAGGUCUCUGAACAGUUUCAAGAUAAAGUUUUCCCAAGUCUUUCAGGUGCUAGAAUUGUUCGCAUUGCUGUGCAUCCAAGUGUCUUAAGGGCUGGAUAUGGAUCAGCUGCAGUGGAGCUUCUAAUAAGGUACUAUGAAGGACAGAUGGCUGACAUGGCUGAAAUUGACUCUGAACAAGUUGAGGAGAAGACCCCUGUUAAAAUCACAGAAGCUGCUGAAAAAGUUUCCUUGCUAGAAGAAAACAUAAAACCCAGGGCCAAUCUACCACCUCUACUAAUGCGACUUGAUGAACGUCGCUCUGAGAAACUUCAUUAUAUCAGUGUCUCUUUUGGUCUCACUCAACAACUUCAUAACUUCUGGAGUAAACACAAGUUUGUGCCCUUCUACAUUGGCCAAAUUCCAAGUGCGAUAACUGGUGAACAUACAUGCAUGGUUUUGAGGCCUCUAAAUAAUGAUGAGGUUGAAUUGACUGGAUCUGGGAAGGCUGGUUUCUUUGAUCCAUUCUAUCAAGAUUUUCGGAGGAGGUUCACCCGGCUCUUGGGUUCUAGCUUCCGGACCCUCAACUCUGCACUUGCAUUAAGCAUUUUGGACCCAAAGAUCAACUUCGGGGAGCAGGCGCCUUCAGAAGAACCUUCAAUAAGUGGAAUUUUGGGGAUGAAGGCAAUGUUGACCCCAUAUGACAUGGAGCGACUAGAUGCGUAUGCUAACAAUUUGGCAGAUUAUCAUUUGAUUCUUGACCUUGUUCCGAUCCUUGCUCGUUUGUAUUCCGAGGAGCGAAUACCAGUUUCAUUGUCUUACAGCCAGGCAGCAGUGUUACUUUGCAUGGGCUUGCAACAUCAAGAUAUUUCAUAUCUCCAGGGUCAGCUGAAGCAGCUUGGAAAGCAGCAAAUUCUGUCAUUGUUCAAUAAAGUCAUUAAGAAGAUUCACAAGUAUUUACAUAAUGCUGCAGCCAAAGAGAUUGAGUCUACUCUACCUCGUCUUAAAGAGGUUGUGAUGACCCCUCACAGCAAAUCCUUGGACGAAGAUAUCGAUGAAGCAGCCCGAGAAGUCAUCGAGAAAAUGAAAGGUGAAUCUGAACUAGGCGGCAUGCUAAAACCCGAACUUCUGCAGCAGUAUGCCAUUGUGGAUAGAGAGGCUGAUUUUGAGGAUGCUUUGUUAAAGGGGGAAAGGAAGAUCUCCUCGAGUGGCCUUCUUAGCGUCAAGUCGAAUCGAAAAAAUGUGGAUAAGAAAUCGAAACUGAAAGAGAAAGAAAAGGGAGAGAAUAGGGGGGUGUCGGCACACAGUUCCAGGCCGCAUAAGAAGAGUAAGGCCUAAAGUGUUGCUAAGUUCAUUUUUCAUUUUUCAUAAUCAUUUUUAUGUUAUUUUUUUUGUAUUCUAGUUUGGUAUUUCUUGUCAUGUUGGGUGCUAGAAAAAUGUGGGGCAUUUAGGCGCAUUUGUUGGGAUUGGAUUUUGGCCGUAGCAAAAGAGAUUCCGGUCCCGCACUUUUUUUAUGUAAUUCAAUGAGAGUUAUCGUUUGUGUGCCCUAUAGGAGCAUACUAUAUACUUGG